AUGGGUUGCCCUUUCAAUGGAUCACGUGUCACAUUCAUGGAGACUGUGGAAGAUGAUGCACAAGCUGGAACGAAUAAAGUAGCACUUGGUCAAGGAGUCACAUACGGACAAUAUCUGCAGCUCGACAAACUUCUCGACUGCCAGAAGCUACUGUCUGAAGAGCAGGGUAAUCGUGUAAAUGACGAACAUCUCUUCAUCAUCAUUCAUCAGUCAUACGAGCUUUGGUUCAAGCAGAUCAUUUUCGACAUCGAUAUCGUGCGAAUGCUGCUCAAUAACACGUACUGGUGA